GUCAAAUAGUUGUUUUUGAAGCAAAAUCAAGUAGUAAAAAUUUGAUAUUUGAGGCACUACCGGCAGCAAAUCGAUCUGUUGUUCAUAUAAAUCCAAUACAAGACCUUGUUUUUUGAGUGAUUUGGGAUAUAACGUAAACAAAAAAUAUGUCAAGAUUUAAACAACCGUUGAAUUUGGAAUGCUUAGCUUUACACAAACUUGGCGAUUGGAUUUCCCAACAAGCUGAGCUACAAAUGAAGAUAUUCAAUGAAGUUGCUCAAAAGGACUCUAGCUCAGCGCAUCUUGCGCUAGAAAAAGCGGUAGUAAAUCUUCGUUGCUAUAUGGAAUACAACGUCCCGUGGAUGCUUCAUGACUUAUUACUUGCUGAAACAAUUAGAGCUUUAGCGGAGCUGCUAGAGAAUAUAAAAAAAUCAUUUGGAUUUCGCGCUAUGGACAGAAUCGUUAGUAGAAUGAACGUCGUAGUAAAAAUGACUGAAGUAAUGCUAACAAAAUAUGUUACUUUCGUAUCGGUGGGUGAAGUACCAAAAAUUUUAAGAACCGUUUUCUUUUCAAAGUUAAAUCUUCUCACAGGUCUUGUAUAUUUAAAUUUAGGUUCGCUAUCGGGUGGAUGGAAAACUGCCGAUUUGGAGGAAUCUAUAAUACAAUCUUUAAAAGAAUUGCAUUUUCUAAAAUAUCUCGUUUUAAAUUACGAUUGUACGGAUAAUAUUUUAAAAUGUAUUGUACAGAAUUGUAAAUCGAUUGAGAAGUUGGAUAUUUCUGAUUCUAUAAGCAUAACGAACGCGAGCGUAGAUAUCAUUGUACAAUUAAAAUUAUUGAAAAGUAUACAGUUAUACAGAACAUUUGUAAGUCUAGAAGGAUUUUCAAAAUUACUUUUGGAUUGUAAGUUUCUAGAAGAUAUCGGAAGAUGUGAUAAUAUUGGAAAAGUAUUAGAAUACAUAACAAUAAUUGAACCAGAAAGGUCUCAGUUUAAUUUGAAGGUAUACGUCAGUCGUUAUGCGGUUGCAAAUCAUUUGCAGUUAGCGGUACAAAUGUGUCCUUUUAUUCGAAACAUGACUGUUUUCCACAACACACUUCAAAGUGAUUUAAUGGCAUUGAUAGGUUUGCAAGACUUGCGUGAAUUGAAAUUACUAUCAUGCGAUUUUUAUGCAGAUAGUGUCAAGCAGGUACUUCAAGUCAAAGGGUGUAACAUAAGCAGCUUACACCUUGAACACGUUGAUCAAAUUGAUUUAAAUGCCCUGAUGUAUAUAAGUCAAAUGUGCCCUUUAUUGGAGAGUUUCACUAUUUACAACUGUACUUUAAUCCAACACACUUCGUUAUUUACGAAAAAAUUGGAAAUAUUGCCGUUUAGAAACUUAAAACGAUUAACUUGUGUAGCUACCUGCACAAACGAACAUCUCUUAUUUUUACUUGAAAAUUGUUUAAAUGUUGAAUUUAUCCAUAUCGGGACUGCUGUACAAUUUACUGAUGAAUUUAUUUUAAAGAUAUUAAAUAAAAAUCCAUUAAUAUAUCUUAAAGAAUUGCGUAUUAUGCAGUCUGAUUUUUUGACUAUGAUAUCUGUCGAGAGGAUUAUACAGAGUUGCAUAAGUUUAAAAGUACUUGUUGAAUUGGAAAGUUGGAGCUUGUUGACUGAAACUGAUCGAGAACAUUUGAGAAAUUACAUAAAAAUUAACAAUUUUAAUGUUGACACGUCACCUUUAAGGCGAUAUGACAUGUAAUUCAAUUUAUGAAUGACUGGUUAAAUUGUGAAAAUAAUAUUUAAACCGUGUGCAACGUCUAUAAGUUUUUCUUUUUUCAAUUUUAUGCCCUCGAGGGGGCAACAGAUUGCUAUUUGCACUAAAUACAUACAACAGUUAUGUAAUUUGUUUCUCUGAGGUUUGAGUUCAUCCUUGGGUCACGUGUGCUUAUUAUAUGAAUAGCGGCUGACAGCGAUAGAACGUAUGAACUAGCAUGAAUCCGAAGGGUUGUUUAAUGAAGGAAACGUUUAACUGUCCAGGUUAUCUAUUGAAUAUAAACUUCUUACUGCCAAAGUACCGACAUAAACCAGCUAAAGACGGACAUGCGACCGAACGAAAAUUGUUUGCAUCCGAUGGCAUUCGUUUAAUCUAAGGCGCUCCAACACCGAUAGUAUAAUACAAAUUUACUUCAGCGUUAGUCUACAUAAAUACAUUCUCAUAGUGACCCUUCGUGCCGGUCGCCGUGUGUUCCUUAAAUUCCUGAAUGAAACAAUUAUUUUAAUGAACGAGAAUAACUUAAACGAAAUUGCAACUCGAGUAGCGUCGUGUGCGAGUGUAUGUGUUUGUAACCUUAAAUAAGAUUACAAUAUUUUAUUUAAGGUUACAAUCCGGUUCGUAAUUUCUAAGUACCUAUUUACGUUUGAAAAGGGUCGUAUGGCCCUUAUAUAAGUGCAUUUGAUAUUAAUAAAAAAUUGUGAAGAUUGAUUUAUUCAUUUACUUAUUAUGUAGGUUUAGAUGCUACAUAUAUACCUAUAUUUAUAUAUAAUAAAUAAGAAAGAAAGAUGGAAAUAUGGUUUGUUGUUUAAAGGCAAUGAAAUUAUAAUUAUCUGUAUGUUUGAAAUGUUACUAUUUUUAAGUAACAAACAUUGCUUAAUAUUACUUUAUUAAAUACUAUGCAAUUAACAUUAUAAGGUAGGUAUUUGUUCGAAAUAGCAGAAAUUAAAAUUAACUUUCUGAGCUUUCAAUUGUAACAUGUAUUGGUGUAACAAUUUGUAAUUGUUAUAUGGAUUCGUGUAAUAUUUUGUAAAUAACUAACAUAAAAAGUUAUCAAAACUAUUUGUUGGUUAUUCAAAAAGAAUUUAAAUUAAAUGUUUUUAGAUAGUGUAUUGAUUGACACACUAAUUAUGUAUAUACAUAUAUAUAUAGUUAAAGAUACUCUACCGAAAUGUCGUCAUUUAUUUAGUUAGUGUUUAAUAAAUAAGUAGGUAUGCUAUGAUGGGGUUGACAUUUUCGAAAGGGUAAAAACCCCUCC